AUGGGGAUGGUUGCUACACAACGCACCAUGUUCGGGGUGACCAAAAGAUCGGGAGUGCACAAGAAGCUAUCCCUGUGCGGUCUGUGGGAGAAGCUCCAACUUCUGUACCACAAGAUGGACAUCGAGUACAGCAGGGUGGGAACGAGAGGCAUGGGAGCGGAGUUGCCAUUCCAGACGAAGCAUCUGCAGGAAAUCUUCGCCCCGAUCCGGGAGGAGCUCGAACGGGUUGGCGCAAGCCAGUACUGCCAACAGGAGGCUAGAGACGAGAUCGGCGGAACGCAGUAG